GUCGGAACUUGACGAAGUCAUUGGUAGAGGAAGACAGAAUAGAGAGGGAGAGAAAUGAAUCGGAAUGUGAGUGCUCUGUUAAUCGGACUGGUCGGCGCCAGCAUCACUUUGUCAGCUUACUCGCAGACUUUCGUCUCUCCGACUCAGUGCGUUACCGUCGGCCUCCUCGUCCUCAUCUUCGGUCUGCUUGUAAAAGAAGGCUUCAUAUCUAUGGUUAUUUGGAAGCGACGGCUGAUGAUAAGAAAGAGACCAAACGACAGAAGCACCAACCGCCAGCAACCGUCAAGGCUCUGGGCCAAAUGCACAAGCCUCCGUUCACUCAAGCAAAUCCAUGCCUCCCUCAUCACCAAGGGCUUCAACUCAAGCCCUUCUGCCUUGAGAGAGGUCAUCUUCGCCAGUGCAAUGGUAAUUUCAGGCACCAUAGAGUAUGCCCACCAACUGUUCGCUCAAAUCUCCGACCCAGACAUCUUCAUAUGGAACACAAUGAUACGAGGCUCGGCUCAGAGCCAAAACCCUCUAAACGCCAUCCUACUCUUUGUCCAGAUGGAAAACCGUAGCAUGAAGCCAGAUAGAUACACUUUCCCUUUUGUACUAAAGGCCUGCAGCAGGCUUUCGUGGAGAAACAUGGGGUUUGGAAUUCAUGGGAAGGUGAUUAAGUAUGGAUUCUUAGAGAAUAGGUAUUUGAGGAAUACCCUUAUUUACUUUCAUGCUAAUUGUGGGGAUUUGAGUGUAGCAAGUGAUCUUUUUGAUGUUUCAGACAAAACGGAUGUUGUUCCUUGGUCUGCUUUAACUGCAGGGUAUGCAAGAAGAGGGGAGCUGGAUGUGGCAAGGCGACUUUUUGAUGAAAUGCCUGUGAAAGAUUUGGUUUCUUGGAAUGUGAUGAUCACGGGGUAUGCCAAAAAAGGGGAGAUGGAGAGUGCAAGAAAGCUCUUUAAUGAAGUUCCUGAGAGAGACGUUGUAACUUGGAAUGCCAUGAUUGCAGGUUACGUGCUUUGUGGAUCAUGCGGUGAGGCAUUGGAGAUGUUUGAGGAGAUGAAAAGGGUAGGAGAGAGACCAGAUGAAGUUACUUUGUUGAGCUUGUUGUCUGCUUGUGCAGAUUCAGGUGAUUUGGAAGUUGGGAGAAAGAUACAUUCCUCUCUUUCAGAGAUGUUUUGUGGGGAUUUCAGCACUGUAUGUGGAAAUGCACUUAUAGACAUGUAUGCUAAAUGUGGCAGUAUUAAGAUGGCAUUGGAAGUAUUCCAAGGGAUGAGAGAAAAACAUGUCACAACCUGGAAUUCAGUGAUACUAGGAUUGGCUUUUCAUGGCCAUGCUGAUGAAUCAAUCAAGCUAUUUACUGAGAUGCAGAGGUCUAAAGUCAAGCCAAAUGAGAUCACCUUUAUUGGUGUCUUAGUUGCUUGUAGUCAUGCUGGGAGAGUCAAAGAGGGUCGUCAGUAUUUUAAGCUUAUGAGAGACAGACACAGUAUUGAGCCAAACAUUAGGCACUAUGGUUGCAUGGUGGACAUGCUUGGGCGUUCUGGGCUUCUGAAUGAAGCAUUUGAAUUCAUUGACUCAAUGGAGAUUGAACCUAAUACAAUUAUCUGGAGGACGCUUCUAGGAGCUUGUAAAAUCCAUGGAAAUGUUGAGUUGGGGAGACAAGCAAAUGAGAAACUUCUCCAAAUGAGAAGGAGCCAGAGUGGGGACUAUGUAUUACUUUCCAAUAUAUAUGCUUUCCAAGGUGAGUGGGAUGGAGCUGAGAAGGUCAGGAAGUUGAUGGAUGACAGUGGGGUGAGGAAGGAGGCUGGUUUUAGCCUUGUUGAAUUUGAAGCUGAUGGAAAGGCUUUCAUCCAUUUUUUGCUUGCUUCAGAGACCAAGUCAGGUUUGAGACACCAAGAACCUUUAGCUGCCCUUAGAUGAUGAGAGCAAAGAAUGAAUGACUGACAAGGCCAUUGUUGAACUGUCAAAUGUGCAAUGGCAAGGGGCAUAUCUGAACGAGAUUAUGCUUUAGUGAAAGGCAAAAUAAUACUUGUGUAAUUGUGAUGAUUCCUUCAAAGAUUCAACCAAACAGCCAUGGAUACAGUUGCAAAACAAGCUGAAGUUUUUGAGAGAAGGCUGAGCAAUUUAUCUUAGCACUGCCGUUGUGUGCCAAGUACUCAACAGUUGCUGCUGCAGGAGCUGCAGCCACUGGAAGAGCAGGCAUUGCCUGCGUAAUUGUAAGCCAGCUCAAGAAACAUGAUACAUACAUUCUUCUUGAAAGCCAGUUUAAGAAAAAUUGUUUGCAAUUCCAUUUUGCAGUGAAGUAAUGUUUCACUGAAGUUAAAUUUCCGUAGAAGAGGGGACAAGGAAGCCAGGAAACAGCAGAACGAAUCAGAACACAAGUGCUCUCUUAGUUAGACACUUAGAUUGGUCGGUGUGCCAGUCUCGCUGUUUGCUUCCUCAUUAGCUCUCUCCUCUGACUGACUCACCAUCACUGUUGGUUCAUUUUCAAAUUUUGAAUUGCACGUAUUGGACCCGGAAAAAUGUCGUUCAGAGUUGAAUUAAUAUAUGUAAGGUUUCACU